AUGAAACUUGAAGGUAUUCGAUCACAUGAGCUUUCAUCAGGUCAUCUGUGGAGUGUCCAGUGUGAGUCAAACCGAAAAUUAAAGCAGACUGAAACACCUGCUGGACAGGCAAUCGCUACCAUGACAAAGGCACAGACAGAGAAACUAAAACUACUGUUUCGCAACGCUCAUCUCCUUGCCAUUAAAUCGAGGCCUUUCUCUGACUUUCCAGAUUUGUGCAAACUUGACAAAAUGAAGGGUCUGGAUGUGGGAGAUACCUAUCUUAAUGCCAUAUCAGCACGUGCAGUGGUGGAGGAAGAAAUUAUUUAUGCUAGAUUUGCAAUAGAAGGCAAGGUACACACAAGAUUUGUGGCUUUGCAGUCAGUUGAAAAGGCUGAUGCUGAAACCAUUUCUCAGGCAGUAAAUGCAGCAGUUACACAACACCUUGACCAGUCGUGGAAGGAGAAACUAGUUGCAAUAGGCACUGAUGGAGCAGCAGUGAUGCUGGGAAAAAAUGGAGGAGUUGUGCAGAAGCUAAAAGGACAGAGAAAGCAUGUUGUUGCAAUUCACUGCAUGAGUCACCGCUUGGAGCUCAGUGUCAGAGACACAGCAGCCAAUAAUGAGAGUCAUCAGAAGUUAAAGGAUCUACUUCUAGGGUUAUAUUUAUUUUAUCACAAGUCAGCACUCAACCGUGCAAAUCUUAAGAACAGCUAUGCUUCUUUGAAAAUGAGGCCACUAUUGCCUACACGAGCAGAUGGGACACGAUGGGUAGGCCACUUCUGGCGUGCACUUGACCAUUUCCUCAAAGGUUACAAAGCAAUUAUACAACAUCUUGAUCAGGUCCAAUCUCCUGAUGCAAAAGGUGUGAGAGGAGAACAGCAAGCAAAGGCUAGAUGCUUUUACAGAGCUGCUACAAGUCUGUCAAUGGUCCAGUAUGCUUGUUUCAUGUAUGAUGUGCUUUUACAGCUAUGCAACUUGUCCAACACUCUUCAGAACCGAAAUGCAAGUGUUGCAGAUGUCCACAACAGUUUGGAAGUGACAAAAAAAAUACUGAUCGCUCUGAAAGAGAGGCCUGUACCUGGGUCACUUCUUCAUUCUAUUCAGUAUGAUGAAGAAGGCACAGCAAGGUUUGAAGGAGUUGAGUUGAAAGGAAAGAAUGAUGCCUUCAAGAGUUCAAAAAAGAAGUUUCUGGAAGCAAUACAGUCCAGCUUUGAAGAUUGCUUUGAAGACAUUGAAGAAGGAGUUCUUCAGGCAACAUCGGUGACAUCCUUCAAAACAUGGCCUGACAAAGAAAACUCAGAAGACUUUGGCAAUGAAGACAUUGUAACUCUGACCAGUCAGUUUCAACCAGUACUAGAGGCACAGGGUGUUAGUUGUAGGGAAAUAGUGAAUGAAUGGACAGUUCUUAAGACUAGUUUGUAUAACAAGAAUGACUGGGAGAAGAAGCUGAAAACGGUCACCUGGCCUGAACUCAACAGAGAAUUCGGAGAUAAAUGUGGCCAUCUUCUGAGUUUGAUGGACUUGAUCCUAACCUUGCCAGUCAGCACAUCAGAAUGUGAAAGAGGCUUUUCCAAAAUGAAGAUGAUCAAAAGUGACUGGCGCUCCUCCCUCAUAACUUCAACAUUGUCAGAUUUAAUGAUUGUAAACCUUCAUUCUGCACCAGUAGAUCAAUUUGAUCCAAGUGAUGCAGUAAGGCAUUGGGCAACAGCAGGACCAAGAAAGAGAAAUGUCACAUACAAAAGGUCUACAAAUGAAACAUCAAAUUUAGUAAUUGCUGAGGUUGCAGAGGUUCCAAUCCCUUUUGAUCAUCUUGAAAAUGAUGAGGAGCAAGCAGAAGAGUUUGAGGUGUCAAGACUUAAUGAGGUUUAUGAUUGUGAGUUGAACUUCCCAGAGCACUCUGACUCAGAUUGACAUCUGUUAACAGUUUCAACAAUGUUUCAUGUGCAGCAUAGAUCAGUUACUUUCUGUAUUGACUUCAAUACAAUGGCUGAGGCUCAGUUACUAAUUUUAUUUUCAAAUUUGCUUAAAAUAUAUCAAUACUAGUUCACUAAAAGUCUAAUUUCGCACUAUUCCAUAGUUCAAUGACUGUAUAAUUGGACCAAUGUCAGGAAUGUAUACAAAAAUAAAGAAUACAGGUUUGUGAGAUUAUAA